GAGAGAGAGACAGAGCAAAAGGGAUCGGCUUCUAUCGUCCCCCAAUUCCCCUUCCUUCAAAACCCUAGCUUUUCGUCUUCCGGCGAUCGAUCACGCCUUCUGCCCUUCCAUCCGUCGCGGGCACCGAUCGAUUCCGUUGUAUUCGCUUUCAGGAAAUUACUGUGAUAAAAGUUUAGAAAUGUCUCCAGCAACCAAAUCUAAGUCAAAGGAUAAGUUGGCUGCAAAGGCAGCCAAGGAACAAGCUAAAGUCUCUUCAAAACAUUCUUCAGCUCUUCUGAACUAUGGGAAUGGUGCUCCUUCAAAUGCAUACAAUCCAGAUUCUGGGACAUUCCACAACUUCGAUACAAUGCCCUCUGGUUCCUUGCCAACAGGCCAAACCAAUGGUCAUUUCAGAACCAUUGAUGAAACUGAGGAGCAUUCUGGUAGUUCAUCCGGUACAACAGGCGAGUUUGAUUCAAUGUCUAACCAUAAUGGUUACUCUGGUGAGUCAGAGGACCAAAAGGAGAAAAAUGCAACUAGUAAUGCAGCUCGCAUAGAAUCUGUACUUGGUUGUGAUACUGACAAACGCGAUAAGAUUCGGCAGAAAAAUGAAAAGAAGCAUCAACGCCAGAAGGAGAGGCGAGCACAGGAGCUACAUGAGCGUUGUACUGGGUACCUCAUGUCUAGAAAAUUAGAGAUGCUUUCUCAGAAACUUGUAGCAAUGGGCUUCUCUUCAGAACAGGCAACAAUGGCUCUUAUACAAAAUGAAGGACGUGUUGAAGAGUCCAUCAUGUGGCUCCUUGAACGGAGUGAAGAAAGUAGGCAGCAGAUUGCUGCAAACAUAGACACUGGUGCUAACUUGAAAAUUGAUAUUACGACAGAGCUCACAAAGAUUUCAGAUAUGGAGGUGAAGUUCAAGUGCACGAAGCAGGAGGUUGAAAGGGCUGUAGUUGCAUGUGAGGGUGACCUAGAAAAGGCUGAAGAGACUUUGAAGACACAGAAGCAAGAACCAAAAAUUGCUCCAUCGAAAUUAGAAGAAACAAGUGACCCUGUUCCACCAAGUGGUCUUGACUUUAAGAUGGUAAUACCUGUCCAAAAUGCAGCUUUAAGACCUCAACAGAAGGUACUGGCUUCAGUUGGCCCUCAACAACAGAGAAGAGAUGAACGAGAUUUAAACUAUAUCAAAACUAUGACAACUGGAGUUGUGGACUCCCCAAAUAAGAACAUGCAGUCUUUGAGAAAGAUACAGCCUAAGCCAGAUUGGGGAAAACCGCAAGUUGUUACUCCAGUGGAGAAAAGGUGGUCAAGUGCCAGCUCUACUUCUAUUUCGUACUCUUUGCCAUCCUCGUUGCAGGUGGCUGUACCUCCAACCACCCGGUAUGUGAUGCCAACCAAUGAACCAAAGGCCAACUUGCCCUCAGUAACUUUGAGGGAGCCAGUCACUGUAAUGCAGCGUCCCCAGUCAGUCACCACCAAACAAAAUCCCGCAUCAACAAGCCUCAGCAUUAGCGCGUCACCACCAGCUUCCGCAGGAUUCUAUUCAAAUGGUAUGUCUAGCAUGGAUAUGAUGAAGGUGGCAAAUGGGAGUCUUGGACGCAGCUUACCCUACUUGGGUUUGGAUGGUUCUAGUGGCCAGCAAUUUGCUCCCCGGAAUCAUCUCCAAACUUCUGCUUCCGGUGUUGUGGAAUCUUUUGCAACAGGGGGGAGUGGUUCAUGGAACUCUGCAGGUUCGUUCGCAAUGCCAUCUUCGCUUGGACUCUUCACUGGAUGGGGUUCACAUGGAUCCUCUUUAUCGCCAGUUGACUGGAGCUCUGGUGGAACGACUCCAUGCGACUACACCUCUAUAGACUGGAGCUUGGAUUCAACUCUUCUGAGGCCAUCUAUGAGGAGUGAUCACUUGUCUGCCACAUGGUCUACCAUGUUUAUGGGUGGCAAAGUUACAAGGCCCGUCACAAAUACAUCCGGUGGUGUCUGCGUUGUGGGGUUACAGGAUGGUGGUAGCCUUGCGACGGACUCCUUGUACUCGUCUGGAUCGCAUGAUUGGUCAUCCCCUUUUGCAGGGAAGGACCUGUUUAGCGUUCCGAGACAGUUUGUCACCAAUUCUCCCCUCUAAUAAAUGAUCUGUAAGAUGAAAAGAAAACGAACAUUGUUGGAUCUGUUGCUGCUGGUUCGGGACACUCUUGGUUAUAAAAUUGCAUGCUUUCUUGAUUCUA